AUGAACAUAAACCAAUCUGCCCUAGAUCCCCCAGAGCCUAACGCUACUGGCAAGCAACAAACGGCAUUCUCAUUUGUUCAUGAUCCGUCCAAAUCAACAGCGGACGUAACAGUGAAGUUGGUGAUGGAACUUGAGGACGACUUGGAACUUGACGUGGAAGAAUUCUUCCGUCUCCGACGACUUGGUCGUUUCAAAGAUGCAAAAGAGUAUUAUAAGGCAAGACUGCAGCACCACAAUGAUCUGCCUUAUGUUCGCCUGAUCUACGCUGAGAUGCUUUUUGCUACUGGCGAUUACGCUGCAUUUCACACUGUUCCACGAAUGUUCAGCAGGAGCCAGGAUGAACUUCAUCAUUCACAUGACUCUCUCAUUCAGAGGAAUCAUGAAUUCUUGUGUGUUCUUGUUCAGAGUAGAAACCUUGAACCCAUCGACUAUGGAUACGUUAAUGAGCUUAUUCGCGACUCCUACAGCCUUUUAAGGAGACAAAUGUCCAUCAGCUCGGCAGAGAUCCAACUAUUCUCAGUCUCAUUACUUGUGCUGUAUCAAGAAGAACUUCAUAAGUACCAAACGAAUAACCUGAUAACAGAUGCGGAAACACUCUGGAACUGGCAAUUGGUCUAUGAUGAUUUGCAACAGAAGAAUUGCGUGUGGGAUCUUAGAGAUCUUCUCGUAGCCAUGGAUCUGGUAUUUGGCUGGGAAGAUACUCGCAAAUUGGUCUUUGGAUCCGAGUCCGACGACGACAUUUUCUCUUCCAUCAUAAACAACUGGCUGGGGCCCCAGUUCGACGAAUCUUCAGCUCUAGGUCUUUUGGAUCUCUUCACUUCGUUAAUUCUUCAAGACUCGAGCGAUGACUUUGCACAACGUAAUAUCUUGCUCGCUCAAAAAGCGAUCAGUCUAGUUCAGUCUUUACAGCUCCACGAUAAAGACCUGAUGAGGAGCAGACCGUAUAUCCGGUGGCUGCUGGCCAAGUCACUUCUCGAGAUGGAGCCACCCCCUGGACGGCUGUAUGGUAAUAUCCUACAAAGCUUCAGAGGGUUACUGAUCAAUCAAGGGAAAGGUCUUAAUCUGCCAUUAUACGCCCCACGAGACCGAAAAAACAAGCCUGGUUGGGAUGUCUUCUCCAAAAAGCCAACGACUGAUCUAACUGGCGUACUCGAGACUGCUGCUGAAACGGCACUCCUUCUUGGUGACUUCGCGCUCAAUACGGAGUCUAUGAAGUUACAAAUCCUCCAAUCUCAUGAGCCAAGGCCAUUGAUGGAUGCACUCUGUCGUUUCCAGCUGGACACGCAAGGAGACAAGGAAGGGUAUAUGGCCACCUGCUUGUCUAAAUACAUUGUGUCCUCGGAGGAAAGUGACCUCGCAAUACUUCUCGGACGCCUCAUGCCAAGGAGAAGUUUUGCGCCUUUUCGAGAAUGGCCAAACCGCGCGUUGAGUUGGGCAUGGGAGCUGAUUACGACACACCUCUCAUUUCCCCAUGAGGAUUCUGACAGCUCAGUUGCAGCCGAGUAUGAUAAUGCCAUCACACGACUACUGGAGCGAACGAUUUACGACCCUCGCAGAGUUUUCCCAGCAUACAUUGUGGACUUUGCCAACAUCGAUAUGGGAGGCAUUUCAAAUCGGAACCUUACUGGGUUCGAGAACGGCAGUAUCCUCUUUCAUCUGAUCUACCCGUACGCCCCGCUGCCCCGGACUGGUGCGCUAGCCGCUCAAGACCAGGGUCCAACCAGAUUUACACGCGGCCAGUUCCUCCAUCUGAUCCUGUCACUUUGCGUGAUGGUGGUUCUCGACAUGAUUAUGGAGGAGUUCGUGUGCAAUCUUGUUCGCCCUCUGCAUCAAGAAACCCCUUCCUACAACAUCCCGCCCAGGUGGAGGAGGACUUUAAGCGGGCUUUCCCAGAAAAACAAAUACAAGAAUCUCAGGAUUAUGGAUACACCGACAACCCUGGAACCUACGACUACAGCCACUACUCAACAGCCAACAGCGCUGGCUCUUCAUACAAUCCAGGAGAUCAUUACCACCGAUCUCCAUCUAGAUGCCGACAGUACUUCAGUGGCUUUGCAUCCUAUCAUCCUCAGCUUGGAGAUCACCGUCAACGUUGCGCCACUUGCCAGCAACCCAAUUAUGACAGCUCAACCACGGACCUUCAUGAAGAUUCUGAGCACUCCCUUUCAGACUCUUCUCCUCCGUCCCUUCACUCCUCUGAUACUUGGACCUCGAAGCCUCUUGAUUAUGAUACCGAACAACCUCGUUCUAGAAGAACAAAAAAGCAGCCUAUUUCCAGCUGAUGGUCACCAUCAGGGGAGGAAGCCCAAGUCCAUGCACACAGUUGUAUUUGAUCGCGGCAAAAGUGUGGAGAAGUGGCUUGCAGGCUCGUAUCCAUACGCAAGCUCAGACUCGGGCUCCGAUGAGGAGAAUGAUUAUGUAGAAGAUGACGGGUUCAAGGAAUACGAUGAUUUUGAUGACGAGGAAGGGGAAGAAAGUACUGAACAAGAUGGAGAUGAGAUCAACUAUGAGUCUGAAGGAGCACUUGUGAUGAAUGAUGACUCAACACUGUUAUCUUUCCUGGAAGAUAUUCGCUUUUCCAGGCCAUACCGGUACGAGAAGCCCACAGCCUGCUCGGUUAGGAUUCUCACUAAGCAACGUGAUAUGAUCGAUGAGAUCUCGAAGGACGCGGUGAUUGACAGCAACAGUCAACGAUCUGAAGGAAACAACGAGGAAUUCAUGCCGCAAGUGAUUCCUCCUAAUGGGCCUGAGACUGAUAGACCUUAUUUUGACAAGGCGAAGGAGGAAAACCAGAAACAGUUAACUCCUAGCUAUGUGCCUUAUUUGCACAUACGAUAUCCAUGGCUUCUCGAACUGAUGUUGCGCCUGCAACAGCAUUACAUUGUUCCUAAUCACACCAGUGAUACAAUCGUUAGCGGCGGGCCAGGAAUUACAACACUUCCAAAUCAUAGGCCGACUGAGGAUGGUAGCACACGCAUUGAAACCGCUGUUGAAUCAGCUAGGAGCGAAGAAGUUUUCCAGGAGCCAGUCAGUGGUCAAGGUGAAACAGCCAGAUCUGGACCCGGUCCGAUUGCUUUCACAGAAGAUUCGCCUGGGCCAAUUAACAACCCAGAUCCUAUACUUUCUACAGUUUGCUCGGCUACGGAGCCAGUAUCCAGGACUGAAGUAGCCACUGGGACAAUCGUUGACCAACCCCUAACGGCAGAGCCACUCGAUGCAUCAGAGCUAGAAGAAAAUGCAACCUUACAGAGUUCGCGGUUUGCAACAACUGCACCAAAACCACCAAGUGGCGUACCGAAAGACAUCCCCGUGAAGUCAUCAACGCAUCCAAACUUCAAGAAGGAAAAGGCUCGAACUCCUGUAUCGUUUGCCCCGCUUGACGAUAUCGGCAACGGUACCACAAACACCUCCCAAUUUAAACCACCUGGAAGUCCGGAAUCCGCUAAUGCAACUUCAGUUGAUCCUACGCUCUCUGAAUAUGACUCGGCCAUGGCAGAUACGGCAACAUCGGUUCAUGGUCAAGUCACUCCAACCUCCAAAACCAACUCUACCAACUUUGGUCCAACAGAGUUUGAGGAACCUGGUAGCGAAGCCCAAGGCUAUUCUAGUUCAGUUUUUGUUGAAUUUUCAGCCUCAAGUGACAAAACGGUGACUCCCAAGGCACGACAAGCGGAGAAUGGAACAAGCUCUUUUGAUAUCCAUUCUGACACACGGCAUGAAGAAAACAAGAGAGGGCGAAAAGAAUCAGGAGAGUUUGAAGAAGCAACAAAGGCCAGAAAGAGUAUCCCCAGCGAAUGA